AUGACGCAAUCACCAGUUGCCGGUCACGAGUGCAGCCGACGUGACGACAGCCGGGCCCACCUCCACACCGUCGUCUGCAGAGAUUUGCUCAAAGUGCCCUUCACGCAUUCACGCCUACUCCGUCGUGUCGACACGCAAACCGGUGGGUACCACCGACUGGUCGCCGACGGACCAAGAGACCACCUGUUGUAUGCGACGCCCGGUGGAACCAGCCGUCCUGUGAAUCGCUCCAACAUUCCACCUCACAUGAUUUUUCUAACCUUACCAGUUCCGCCGGCCGACCACUUGUUUUAG